AUGGCGGCAAAUUCCGUAACAUUCGCUGGGAUUAUCUCUACCAUACAUGCAGCGGCAGAUUUCACUCAAACAUGCUUCAGUCAUACCUUUGAUGAUCAAGAGUGGACUGAAUUCCUCCACGAAGUGUCUACCCUGAUGAAUGCUAUGUUUCAUAUUGAGAAAACAAUUCUUGACGUCGAUAUAGCAGAAUUAUUGCCUUCGCAAACAGACUCUAUGGACCAAGAGUUCUUGCAGAAUGCUCAUACAUAUUUCUCACGUAUCCGCUCGAAGUUGCAGAAGUUGCACUCUGAAAAUCUUUCUUUCCAAAAUUUUGAGUGGCAGGGGGAUAUUGAAAUCCUUCACAAGCUUCAAGUGAUAACAGAUCCAGAAGGUCUUCUGGAUCCCCCCGAAUGGAGCGGCCUAUUUGGGGCCUGCUUCAUCGGUGAUCUCGACCGUAUCCGAAUACUACUUUCCAAUAAUGCGGACUACCGCAUUCAAACCAAAUUUGGUUGGACAGUCUUACAUUGGGCAAUUAUUGGAAAUCAUUCUGAGAUUGUUCAAGAAAUUUUUGACCAUCAUUCUCAGUCCCAGAAUCUUGUGAUCCCAUUCCACAGGAUGAAAAUAGCGCAAGUGAAGUCAUAUUCGGAGGCAGUCCUUCCUGUGGUUCUUGCCGCAAGGAUGCAAAACAUUGAUAUAUUUAACCUAGUUGUGAAAUACCUUGAGAUUCCAGAAACAGAAACACGGACUGCAAUGUUCAAUAGGAUCUGGAAAAGCGGGCGAUUUGAUGUCCGUGUCUCCUUCCGGGAUAUGAAUCCGUGGAGAGCAAUGUCAAAAAAUGAGCGUGUCAAUGGCUUUGAGUGUUUGGUACCAAAAACAAGACGUCAGUUCACGUCUAACCCGAAAGAAGUCCAAGACGACCCUCAAAAAUGGAAAUCCACCCUUUUGCACCACGCGAUUCAAGACGAACAAUUUAUAGUUGCGCAAAUGUUGGUCAGAGCAGGUGCAGAUGUCAACUACUGCCAUGCUUUACAUAUGGCAUCGUUCCGCAAGGACUCUCGCUACGUGACGAUAUUAUUAGAAGGCGGCGCAGAUCCAAAUGUCGUCAAUCUCUUUGGGCGAACAGCUCUGAACGAAGCCUUCCUGAAUGGGUUUGCUGAUACAGCUACUGCUCUUAUUGAGGGUGGCGCAGACGUGAACCAUGGUCUCUGUCCACGCCACAAUAAAUGCAUGAAUUCCUUUAUGGAUUCCGAUUUUCAAACAAAAGGAUACCGGGUUAGGCCGAGCCAUAACGGGGCUACAUCUCUGAUGCUAGCUUGUGGGUUUAAAUUUAUUCUGAGAAAGCAGUUCGUGCAGAAGAUAGCUGGGAUAAAUGGACAGCUGCCUCAGGAAACUGCAAUCGAACUCGUUCGGCUCCUGCUAGCUGAAGGCGCAGAUCCUACCUUGACAGAUUCAUCUGGAAUGACAGUUUUGCAUUACGUGGCGUUGAAGCCUGAUCUGGAACUCAUUGAACUGCUAAUUAAGUCAGGAUCUUUGAUUGAUUCAGUUGACAGAGAAGGGCGUACUCCCUUGCAAUAUCUCGCAAGGUGCGAUGAACAAGUGCACAAGACAGAGGAUUUAGAAAAGAUCACUCGUCUUCUAUCAUUUGGCAAUUGCUCUGUCCCACAACAAGAUAUUCUCAAUUAUCCUGUUACCAGACCAGUAGGUUUGACGGAGGUCUCGAAGUCUUCCGAUAUCGAAUCAAAAAAGCAACCUCCUGUUUUAGUACGAGUCAUACGGCGAAAAAAUGUUAUCUCUCACGAGGAGGAACAUGAUGAACUGCGAACACCAAUCAUGUCAGCGUUGCUAGCGAAUCGAUGGAGGAUAGCUCGCAUACUGUCGGACCUUGGUGCGAGGGCCCCUUCCAGACAUGAUUUGGAGGCGACCAUCAUUCUUGACCAAGCAAUCGAGGCAAUUGAGCCCGAGAUAGUCGAUAUGCUUCUUGGCCAGGGACUUAUGCCUUCCACAGGCUCGGUCUUGGCACUUGUCAAGUCUUUCAAUUCCCGCGACAUGGACCAGAAUGCCGCCGACGCCGUGAACCUCUACGUCAAAUUCAAGCAUAUUCUCAUGGUCCUCGUCCGCGCUGGAAUUGAUGUCAACUUUUUCGAGACCCCUGACACGGAGAUGAAUGGGACAACCGCUUUACUUCACGCUGCCACUCAUAAAAGAUCACGCAGGGUUCUUCAGGAUCUCCUUGACUUGGGUGCGGACCCGUUUGCCACGUGCACGAAACACUUCGACUCUAUCCGAGCCACAGCCGUAUUUGGGGAGCCAGAGGAUCUCUCCUUUAUCUGGGACCACGCUAUCAGGCACGCAAAUGGAUCUCAAUGGUUCACUUGCCUGGGUCAAAAACCAGGCAUGGAGGAACCUCUUUCCCCUAUGUGCCUCUAUCUACAAGAGGCUGGUAUUUUAAACAGCACCAACAGCCAAGGUCGCACCCUACUACACCUUGCUGCAGAGCAAGGAAACGCCCGGCUCAUAGAAGCAUUGGUAUCCCACAAUGCUAGAACCGAUAUUGCAGAUAGCCAAGGCUGGCUUGCACUGCAUUGCGCGGGAUUCGCACAACAAACCAAUGCCUUGGAUAUACUCCUGUCAUCGGGAAGCUCGACAGUCUCGGUUAUAGAUUCUACCGAGACUCCAGACCUCCCUAAGAUCUUAUCUAGCUUACUCGACAAAGAUGGACACAAUUUCAUCGAUAUUGCCUUUCUCCAUCGCAAUCUCCCCAUGGUCUCGAUCCUGCUCAAGCACGGGGUGGACCCAAAUUACAUAGUCAACCGAAGACACCAAGGCAAUGUCCCCGCGCUCUACCUGGCCGCGGAGCGUGGAAACUACGAACUCGCGUCCCUCCUGCUCCAACACAAAGUUGACCUAGAGGCCAGCGACUCUUACGGCUGGCACCCACUCCACAUCGCCUGUUUUCGGGGGCAUAUCGACAUCGUUCGUGCAUUGAUUACAGCUGGAGCAGACGUCCACAGCUGCACCAAAGGCUGGAACGACUCCAAUGCUAAGCCCUCCGGUCUCUACCAAGGUAAUAGGUGGACAAGCCAGCCCCUUCAUCUUGCCACUAUGGGCGGCCAUGCGGACAUCGUUGAGAUCCUGCUCGGACACGGCGUCGACAUUCAUGCAGAUACGGGGGCGAGCCAGAACAUGGUUUACUUUGUACCCAGUCAUGGGCCCACCGCGCUCCAUCUGGCAUUGGACACGGGUACCUUUUACUGUCGCCAAGGCAAGGAGCUGAGUGAUGAGAGACUGCGAAUUGCGCAGAUGCUUGUAGAAGCAGGGGCUAGGGUUAAGGGCGUCAUCUCCCAGUUCCAGCUAGAGAAGGUAUUCCGGUUUCUUGAAUUUCCUCUGCUUUGGAAUGCAUUGGUGGCGGGCGAAUUGGUCAAAGACGCGGAGGAAAACUCUCAAUAG